AUGGAACCGCAAAAUCGGAUUCUGCGCAAGUUUCCCAACCAUCACGAGUACUUUAUACGUGUGCAAUUUUGCGAUGAGAAUGGAGAAGAUCUGCUUUUCAAUGCAAAGGUGGACUACAAGGAUAUUUAUGAGCGUUUCAAAGGCAUUAUGACAAAGGGGAUCCAGAUCGCCGGCCGCACAUAUAACUUUCUUGGGUUUUCACAUUCCUCGUUGCGAUCUCACGCGGUUUGGUUCUGCUCUCCAUUUCGCGAUGAUAAUGGUCAUAAGCAGACACACUGUUCGAUCAUCGAUGCAAUCGGUAAAUUCUCACAUAUAACGUCACCGGCGCGGUGCGCAGCCAGAAUUGGCCAGGCAUUCAGUGAAACGCCCUUCAUGGUUCCAUUAGAGAAGCAUGGUGUACUAGUCUCAACGAUUUCGGACCUCACCUCACCGGACGGCUCACGGGUCUUCAGUGAUGGGGUCGGGGCUAUUUCGAGAGAGGUGGUAGCAAGUGUUUGGGCCGACAUACCACUAACAAGAGGAAAUCCUACAUGUUUUCAGAUCCGGUUGGGUGGGGCGAAAGGCAUGCUUGCUGCUGAUACCCGAUUGCCCGCUGCAGUCAUUCAAAUCCGCCCAUCAAUGAUCAAGUUCGAUAGCGAGGAUAUGCAAAAUCUCGAGAUCUGCAAUAUGGCAUCUAGACCCUACCCCAUGGUUUUAAAUCGUCAAGUAAUUAAGAUCUUGGAGGAUAUGGGUGCCCCCCAGGAUUGGUUUUUGCAAAUGCAGAACGAAGAGCUGGCGCGCCUUCAAUCCAUCACUGCCAGUACAGAUAAGACGGCAAGGUUUCUCAAGGAGAAGUCAAUCGGCGAGUGCAUUGGCCUUUAUCGACUCUACUGUCAAUGUUACUGGACACGCUUGAACUAUAAAAAAGACGGUUUCCUUCGUGCCAUUGUUGAGGCGGUGGUUCUCAGGGAGCUCCGGCUCCUGAAGCACAAAGCACGUAUCCCCGUCAAAAAAGGGAUGACACUUUAUGGGGUCAUAGAUGAAACAGGGUUCCUUCAAGAAGGUGAAGUCUAUGUGACAUUUGACCAUAUGGAAGGGCAAUAUGCGGCAGCUCCUGGGCCUGGGCCUGUCUUGGUGACUCGGUCGCCUGCGCUUCACUGCGGUGAUAUUCAACGUGCCCAAAAUGUCGUACCCCCAGAAGACCAUCCUUUAGGGUAUCAUCGUAAUUGUAUUGUAUUCAGCCAGAAAGGAAGUCGGGACCUGCCCAGUACGUUGAGUGGGGGGGAUCUUGAUGGUGAUUUGUAUCAUGUUAUCUGGGAUCCUGUUCUGCAGAACGUUGAGACAGUUCCUCCUGCAGAUUACCCGCGUCCCACGUCUAUUGACAUAGGGCGUGUGGUGAAGGUAGAUGACAUGGCUGAAUUCUUUGUAGAAUUCAUGCAGUCCGAUAUCCUUGGCCUGAUUGCUAUCCGCCAUAUGAUCAUGGCCGAUCAGGCUGAAUCGGGAACCAGGGAUACCUCAUGUCGCGUCCUGGCUGGGCUGCAUUCGAAAGCCGUGGACUUUUCCAAAACUGGAAUUCCUGUCAACAUGGUGGAUAUGCCUAGAGUCAACCGUUAUCGACCGGAUUUUCUGGCACCAGGACCCCAAACACGCCUCUAUAACAAAUCCAAGAUCGGCCUUGAGCAGCAUGUUUCACAUGCGAACUAUGAUGACGAUGAUGAUGCAGAGGAGCCCUACCGCUACUAUAAGUCAGAGAAGAUUCUUGGAAAGCUAUACAGGGCCAUCGAUGAGCAAAACAUCUGGCGCAAAUAUGUCCUUUCUGAAACUGACACGAAUGAUGAAUCGUUUUGGAAUAGUGUGAUUGAGGAUUGCCUCAAGAGGUGCAGGUCAUUGUCACGAACCCCAAAAGAGGAACAUCUUGACGAAGCCAAGCGAAUACGAGCAGUGUACGAAGACGCGAUUGUCUCCACAAUGGACACCUAUUCUGACCAUCCAACCAAGCCUAUCAGCGAGUUAGAGGUGGUCAUUGGGUCUAUCAUUAACAGACGGGGUGUACAGACCCGCCGCCAACGUGACCGAUCAAAUAAACUACACGAGGAGUUCAACCGGAUUGCUACAUGGGUCUCAAACAUUAUGCGCCGCCAGGAGGUCCAGGACCCCGAUCCUAAUGGCUUGGAGCUAUCCAUGGCGUGUCUUUAUCAUGGCAUCCACGGGAGUAGUUCCGGCCACCGCAAGGAGGUAUACGGUGAGCUUACGAGCUUUAGGGUUGUUGCGGCCUGUGCACUGUUAGCCGAGUUGGACCAGCGCGACAAGAGUGGUCCGAUGAAUUGCUUUACCAUGUGA